CGGUUCGGUCACUGUGAACGCCAGAGAAGCGGUCGUUGUAAAGAUCUUGUGUUUUGCAACUCUUUCUGUUCCCUUCUCCGUCGUAGCUACAAAUCAUAAUCGCGCAAGUUUUUUCUCCUCCGUAGGCCGAAUAAAUCAGCUUUGAUUCAGAGAUGGCGGCUGCUUUGUCGAGCAGGUUUCUCAACACCGUUCGCUCUACCAGAUUGGCAUCUGUAUCAUCAAUCUAUCAAAAUGGGAUGAUGAGAUACUCCACUACAGUUCCCAGCGAUUCAGACACACAUGAUGACUUUAAGCCUACCCAGAAAGUCCCUUCUGGUUCCACGGACUCGCUCAAGGAUCUCGUUGAGAAUGAUGUGAAGGAGAAUCCAGUUAUGAUCUACAUGAAAGGAGUCCCUGAAGCUCCUCAGUGUGGGUUUAGCUCACUCGCCGUUAGGGUUCUCCAACAGUAUAAUGUUCCUGUCGGUGCUAGAAACAUUCUUGCAGAUCCAGAGAUCAAAGAAGCUGUGAAAUCCUUCAGCCAUUGGCCAACAUUUCCACAGAUCUUCAUCAAGGGAGAGUUUAUUGGAGGCUCAGACAUCAUCCUCAACAUGCACAAGGAAGGUGAACUGGAGGAGAAGCUUAAAGACGUCUCUGCAAACCAAAAGUCUCAGUAAGCUUCCAAGCCUGAAGUUAUGCGUAACUGCUGAUGAAUGAAGUUAUUAUUAUGUUUUUCUUUUUGUUUAUUUUACAUAAGAAUGCAUUUUGAUGUACGGUAAUAAUGAAAGUCUCGAGAAACUUGGAAUGAACAAAACUUGAUAUUUAUAUUAUUAAAGAACCUUUAUUUCAUUA